UUUAGAAUAUUUUUAAAAAUAAUAAAUCUAAAAUUAAUUAUAAAUGGGAGUUCCCGCACUUUUUCGCCAUCUAUCAAGAAAAUAUCCAAAAAUCAUAACACAAGUUAUAGAAGAGAAACCUAUAUAUGUUGAUGGGAUUCCAAUUUAUCCAUCUUUUUCCCAUCCAAAUCCUAAUGGAACAGAAUUUGAUAAUCUUUAUCUUGAUAUGAAUGGUAUAAUUCAUCCUUGUACUCAUCCGGAAGAUAAGCCAGCUCCAAAAAACGAGGAUGAAAUGAUGAUUGAAAUAUUUAAAUAUACAGAAAGAAUUAUCAAUAUUGUUAGGCCAAGAAGACUCUUAAUGAUGGCGAUUGAUGGAGUAGCUCCAAGAGCUAAAAUGAAUCAACAAAGAUCAAGAAGAUUUAGAGCAGCUCAAGAUACAGAAAAAAAAGCAGCAGAUAUAGAAGAAUUCAUAAAACUUUUGAAAGCAUCUGGCAAGCCUACAGACGAAAUUUCAAAAAAAAAAGAAGUCUGGGAUAGUAAUGUUAUAACACCAGGGACACCUUUUAUGGAUACUUUAGCAAAGUCACUAAGAUAUUGGAUCAUUUACAAAAUCAAUGUAGAUCCUGCAUGGAGAAAUUUAAAAAUAAUUCUUUCAGAUUCUACUGUUCCUGGAGAAGGUGAACACAAAAUUAUGGAAUUUAUACGAAGUCAAAGAUGUAAUCCAGGAUAUGACCCCAAUACCCAGCACAUUAUAUAUGGAUUAGAUGCAGAUCUUAUUAUGCUUGGUCUUGCUACUCAUGAACCUCAUUUCCGUGUUUUAAGAGAAGAUGUUUUUUUUCAGGAUUCUAAUUCAAAAGGCUGUCAUAUUUGUGGUCAAAAUGGUCAUUUCGCAAGGGAAUGUAUAGGGAUUAGAGGAAAUAACGAAAUAGUUAAUGAAAAACAAAAUAACCCACCUCCAAAACCUUUUAUUUGGCUUCGUAUUGAUAUUCUAAGAGAGUAUCUUGAAGCAGAACUUAAUAUUCCAAACAUUUACUUUCAAUUUGAUCUUGAACGUGCUAUAGAUGAUUGGGUCUGUUUAUGUUUUUUUGUGGGUAAUGAUUUUUUGCCACAUCUACCAAGUUUAGACAUAUACGAGGGUGCAAUUGAAAUCCUAGGAAAUAUUUGGAAAGAUAAAUUACAUGAAAUGAAAGGAUAUCUAACGAUGGAUGGACACAUUGACUUAAAACGAGCAGAAAUUAUUCUACAAGCUUUAGGUCAGCAAGAAAGUCAUAUAUUUUUUAAAAGAUACGAAGCUGAAAAGCGACAAAAUGAAUCUAAUAAACGAAGAAAGAUAGAGAGGAAUUCUCCUCAAGAUUAUAAAAAAUCAGUAUAUCAAGAAAAGACAUCUUUAUAUGAUAAUAAUCUUAAAAAUAUUGGUAGAACAUCUAAUUAUAAAUAUAAUUCAUAUUUACCAAACGAUCUAAUAAUACCUUCAAAUAAAGAAGAUGUGAAAAUGAUUACAAUAACAAAUAGGAACGCGGUUCUUAAUAGAAAGAACUUAAAAAUGAUUAAUGAUACAAAUAAGUGUGCAGCAAAACAAUUAAAGGAGAAAAUGAAUAACAAUGAUUUUGAAAAACAUCAGAAUAUAGACUUAUGUAAUAAUCUAAACAAAUCAUAUAAUGAUCAGAACUCUGCUAUUGAUUCAAAAUCAUCUAUCCUCGGGAAACGUAAAGCUAUUGCGUUAAAUGAUACUUUAAAACAAGACUCUAUGAUUCAUGAUAGCAAUUCUGAUAAUAUUGAAGAUACUAUUCGUCUUUGGGAGCCCGGUUUUCAAGAAAGAUAUUAUGAUCAGAAAUUUCAUAUUUCAGAAUCCGAUAUAGAAUCCCGUAAAAGAAUUGUUGAACAUUACAUAAAAGGAACUUGUUGGGUAUUACUAUAUUAUUAUCAAGGCUGUCCAUCAUGGAAUUGGUAUUAUCCAUAUCAUUAUGCACCUUUCGCCUCAGAUUUCAAAGAUAUAUCGCUUCUAAAUAUCGAAUUCGAACUCGGGAAACCUUUUCAACCAUAUGAGCAACUGUUAGGUGUACUUCCUGCAUCUAGCAAAGCUAGUCUUCCAAAGCCUUUGCAAUCUCUUAUGACAGAAGAAGACUCUGAAAUUAUUGAUUUUUAUCCAAAAGAAUUUCCUAUAGAUAUGAAUGGAAAAAGAUUUUCAUGGCAAGGGGUCGCAUUACUUCCUUUUAUUGAUGAAAAAAGACUACUUAACGCUAUUGAAAAAGUUUAUCCACAAUUAUCUGAUGAAGAAAAAUCACGGAAUACUGUAGGAAAUGAUAUACUUUUCAUAUCAGAAGAUAAUGCCCUAUAUAAUGAUUUGGUUUUAUCUUUAUAUACUAAAAAAAAAGAAUCCGAAGAGUUUAUUAAACUGAAUACAAAACUUAGUAAUGGUUUAUCAGGUAUUGUUUCGCCAGAUAAAAAUUGGAUCCCAAAUAGCACAUUAUUUAAUCCUUUAACAUCUAUAUCUUUUCCAGAUAUUGAAAAUGAUAAAUCAAUGAGUCUUGUUUAUAAAAUAUCCAAAUCUUCAAAUAUUCAUAAGUCAAUGCUUUUACGUGGAGUAAAACUUAACAAGAAGUUUUUAGAUAUUAACGAUAUACGACUGGUUCGUUUAGGGCUAUCAGCUCAAAAAUUCUAACUCUUUACAUUACUCUGGAUAUAUAAAUUUAAACAAUAUUCCUU